AUGGAAAUCAUGGAUGUAACGGAAGAGGAUUAUUUCAAAGGCUUUACAUCGGACUACACUGAUGAAAGCAAUACGACUUUUCCAGCUCCUUGCAAUACAGCGUCUGUCAAUGAGUUUGGUAAACAUUUCCUGCCUCGCUUCUAUUACACGAUCUUCGUCUUCAGCCUGCUCGGCAACGGCGUGGUAUUACUUCUUAUAUACAAGUUUGAGAAACUCACCACGGUCACCAAUAUCUUCCUCCUCAACCUUGUGGCUUCGGAUCUAAUGUUCACCUUCAGUCUCCCGUUUCAAGCUGAGUACCAUUCCUCUGAAUGGUUCUUUGGGCCAGUCGCCUGCAAACUUGUUUUCUUUCUGUACUCCCUGGGCUUCCACAAUUCCAUACUCUUCCUUACAGUCACGGCCUUUGACCGCUACCUGAGUGUGGUUCAUGCCGUGGUGGCCACCCAGCAACGGAGCAAGCGCUACGCUUGUGCUUCGUCGGCCGCUCUCUGGCUGAUUGCCACCCUGGUUAGUUUGCCCGAGGUCAUCCUAUUUGAUGUGAAGAACGAUCCCACUUUGGGAAAACUUUGUCAAGACACGAGCAGCUUAGAAUCUCAGAUAUUGAGAAUGUACAUAAGGUUUGCCUUAUUUUUGAUCCUUCCCUUGUUGGUUGUCCUGUACUGCUACAUUCGGAUUGUGCUGACGGUCAUUUCCUCCAGAAUCAGGGGCAAAUGGAGAACUGUCCGGCUAAUUUUUGUGAUAGUGGCAUUAUUUUUUGCCUGUUGGAUGCCUUACAAUAUUGUUUUGUUGAUCAAAGACCACUACAGCUCUUGCGAGAGUAUGAUCCUGAAAGUUGAGUAUGUCACCCAUAACAUAGCCCACCUGUACUUCUGCAUUAAUCCUGUGUUCUAUGCUUUUAUGGCCAGAAAGUUCCAGAAUCACUUUCGUACAUAUUUGGGGAGGUAUGUACCGUUUUUGAAGCCGGCUAGUGACUUCAGUACAGCCAGCAAAUCUAUUUCUCAGAGGACCCAACAAUCUGUUCACAUGUAA